GUUCUCGCCACUCUUCUGCGGACACUACUAUGGGCAGUUCACGGAGUAUAAAUGAAGCGAUGUUGCUGCUGCAUGGUUGCGCUGCCGGUUAAGUGCACCGCCUGUGCGGCUGCACUGCAACAGCGGCGUUAUCGCCACCGCCGGGUCCCCCCGCGGAAGGUCAGCGGCUACAUUUCUGGCUCGAGUCACCGUUUAGACUGGUUCGGUUACGUUGCCCCUCUCCGACGACGUCAUCUGGUGGCGAAGCGAUGUCGCAGCUAAGCGGACAUGGACGGAGCACUCGGGAAAGCGCGCCGCUUGCGCCAGCAACGCUCGUCACCCCCCGACCGCACCGCGAUGGGCAGCGCUGCUCGAGGAACGAGGCGGUCCCUCGUGCGGCAGCCUGGUCGGCCGAUAGCGCGGCGUUUGCUGCGUUCUUGUGUAGCGUGCCUUGUCUGUCGCCCAGCCGUGUCGCUUUCUGUUUCGAGACCCUCCUCGCCACCACCCGGAAAAAAAGAGGGAACGCGCGGGGGGCAUUGGCGCCGGCGGAAGAACCGGCCGCGUCCCCCGCCGUUGUGCUUGUGUUGUCACUGCUCGGUUCACCCGAGUCCACUCCGUGGUGGAUUGCUGAAAGGACGCUGGGUGCGUUCUGCGCCCCACCGCCACCGACAAGCCUCGCAACUUGGCGGGAGGAUUCAUGGCCGUCCAUGAUGAACAAUGAGCAGCCCAACCAGGAGCUCGUCAAGUGUGUCGUCGUGGGCGACACGGCGGUGGGCAAGACGCGGCUCAUCUGUGCCCGUGCCUGCGACACGCGCGUCACACUGUCCCAGCUGCUCACCACACACAUCCCGACUGUGUGGGCCAUCGAUCAGUACCGCAUCUACAAGGAGGUCCUGGAACGUUCCCUGGAGGUGGUUGACAGCGUGAAUGUGUCCCUGAGGCUGUGGGACACCUUCGGCGACCACGACAAGGACCGCCGGUUCGCCUACGGAAGGUCAGAUGUGGUGCUGCUGUGCUUCUCAAUUGCGAAUCCGGUGUCUCUGCGCAACUGCAAGGUGGUCUGGUACCCAGAGAUCCGUCAGUACUGCCCUAACACACCCAUUAUUCUGGUUGGCUGCAAGAAUGACCUUCGCUACAUGUACCGGGAUGAGGCCUAUCUGUCUCUCUGCCGUGACCGCAGUCCCUUCUUCAGGGGGCACCAUCCCUGCGUGUCUUGCAGGUUUCCAGAGUUUGGAAGGCCUCUCAGGGAGAGCGACCUAUUGCGACCAGAGCAGGGGCGCCUUCUUGCCAAAGAGAUUGGUGCUGCAUACUAUGAAACAAGUGUUCUUACCAACUUUGGUGUAGCUGAAGUUUUCAGCAACGUUAUCAGGGCAGCUCUGCUGGCCAGGAAGCAGCAGCGCUUCUGGAUGACCAAUCUCAAGCAUGUGCAGCACCCAGCAAUUCAGGUGCCCUUCUGCCCACCCAAGCCUGUGGCACCUGUAGUCUCAGUGCCAGCCAGCCAGUUUCUGGAGCACAUGCAAGCACUGUUCCAGGGUCAGGUAUACACAGAUGUGCUCUUCUUUGCGGGCAAGGAAAGUCUACCUGGCCACCGCUGGUUUUUGGCAGCGGCCUGCCAAGCCUUCCGCGAGCUCUUCUCUGCUAUUGACCCAAACAGCGAGUAUAGCCCGCUGGCUGGCCGCAGCUCCAGUGACACCAGCAUGGUCAGUGCCGUGGAGGUCUCCCAAGGAAGUGCCAACACAGAUGCAGAGCAGAUGCCAAGUGCGGACACAGAGGUGGCAGGCAGUCACUCAUCGCUGAGCGCCUCACUCCAGACAACGUCUCAAAGCAGCGAGACAACAGAAAGCUCUGGACUUGUUCAUCACCGCACAAGUUGUGAGGUCAACUCUGAGGCCAGCACAAGUGGUGUAGACACGUGGCUUGGUUCGCGACCCAGUGUACACUUCCCAGCUUUCUCAGCUGUUGGCGUGGAGCAAGACGAAGUGCUGGACCAUCGAGGGCGGCUUUCACCAUCUGCACAAGCUGUAGUAGACGUUUCCAAGGCUAUCACUCCAGCUGCCAUGCUGCAGUGCAUCAGGUAUUUGUAUACAGGAGAAAUUGACACUACGAACUGCCCAAUUUCAGAAAUUCAGGAUGCUGCAGAUUUAAUUUCUGUCCCAGAUUUGCAGGUAUACCUCACCAGCAUUCAGAAGCAAGACUCUUUGAAAAACCCUUCAGUGGACACAAAAUUUUUGGAUAAGCUGAAGCUGCAGUUAAAAGAAGUCUGCUUGGAUAAAAGUCUGUAUGCAGAUGUACUCUUUCGGCUGGAUGAUGGCUUCUGCUCAGCCCAUCGGCCGUUACUGAUGGCACGGUGUGAAAUGAUGGCAGCCAUGUUCAGUGGAGACUUCCGUGAAAGUUCUGCCAAAGUGGUGCACUUCCCAGGUGUCAGCUGUAAGUGCUUCCGACAUCUGUUGACAUACCUGUACCAGGACUCACUGUGCAGUGAAGUGAAUGCCAGCAACUGUCUCGAGCUUGUCAAGCUUGCUGACCAGCUUUGUUUGCCACGGUUGGUGGCACUCAUUGAAGAACGAGUUGUCCAAGAGCUCAGUGAUACCGACCGAUAUGCUGGUGCCAAGGAGGAACCUACAUUACAAAAACAUGCCAGCAACGUCUGUAAAAAGGCUAGUGAGUCCUUGGAGAGGAAUGGAGAAGCACAGUCAAAGAAGCCCCUUGGCUCUUCUGAAAGGCUGACCAACUCCCCAGAGAGAGCUGGUGAUGACUCUCAGAAAGUGGCUGGUGGCUCCAAGGAUGUUAUGGAUGUCUCUGAGGUGGCUUUGCAGCUCCUGGAGCCUUGCCAGAUUCACAAUGCGGACCAGCUGGCUGACUGGUGCCUGUACCGAAUUGCCACCACUUACAAGAAGGUAUUGCAGAACAACCUGAAGCGGCUGCGUAACCUGCAUCCUCAAAACCAGGCCUACUUAAACCGAAACCGCUGGCCUCCAGCAUGGUACAUCAAGGAAGAUGAGUUCUACCAGCGAACCAUCCGAGAACAGAGCAACAAUGAGAGACCAGCCAAGAAGAUCUGCUUUGGCCCGUUUUCCUUCAAAGGGUCCAAGGUUCCGAAACGCCAGGCCUAGCCUCUGAGAGAAGUGCAGCCCAUGCUGUGCCAUCUGUGAAAAAGAAGCACGCCGAUCACCAAAGCACCCAAUGCCACUGAAGGUUUUUGCCCGGCAGUGCCUGUCUGCAGCCUUUGCUGCAAAGCUGCCACUUCAGCGGCUCCCUUUCCCCACAAGCUCCACACUCACUAUGGCAGUGCUGGUCUCACUGCUUCUCAUUGGAGCUGUGCAAGGAACCACGCUGUGGGGCCCAAGCAAUAUCCUCACUUCCUGCUAAGGCUCUCAAGAGGUGCCUCACAGCUACAUUUCCAAAGCCUGUACAUACUGCAGCCAUGUGCUUUUUAAAUUGUUUGUUGUUUUUUCUUCUCUGCUGUGUUUUGAAGCUGUGUUUCAAAUGUGUGUGGUUGUUUCAUUUUCACCCAUCAAAUGUGCUGUGCAGGGUGCCAGCUUAUUUAAUUCAAGGGAGUCAUGUUCAUCUGCUUCAAUAAACACUCCUGAUCUCGAAGAAGCAGUGAUCGGUAGUAAGAAAGAAAAGGAAGAAAGCAAAGCACUUAAUGACUGCCAUUUGUACAUAUGAUGUAGGUUGGUCGAAUUUGACGAUAGCCAUCCGGGAUGCCCCACACUGCCUCUCAUCUGGCAAGGUGCAGAUGAAUGGAGCAAAACAACUUUGAGUACAGGACUUUGCAUAACAUCACAAAUGAAUGCCUCAGCUCAUUCUGUGUAACAAUCGCCUGAAGAUUGUUAAAGGUUACUCUGUUCCAGGCUUUCGGGACUGCAGCCAAGGAUAGGCACUUGAAUGAGAUACAAAUCAGUUUUCAAACUCCAGAGUAAACAUACUUGAAAACAAAAUAAGCGAGAUGGGGACAGCACUGACUUCCAAAUGAUUUUUUUUUUACACUUUUACCAUGCGUUUUAAUAAGGAACUUAAAUAAUUCCUAAAAACAGUGUUGUAGGGAUAAAGCGGCCAUUUCUUCAGUGGCGUAUUUGUCUCAUAGGCAGAUAUCAGAAAUUUUACAAAGAAUCGCUUAUUAACUGUUUCAAGAAAUAACUAAUGUAUGUUGAACUCAUGAACGUUUUUGUUUAUUUUUAAUUUCAACUAAUUACUUUACAAAACAUGUUGCAAUUGUGGAAUUGAAGCUGGUCAUUACUUAAGGCGCAAGUUUGCUUAGUGUGUAUCCGGAGUUCUGCUGCUGAGCAUGAGGCUGAGAGUUGAAUUUCUGGCCAUGACAGACAUGCUCUCGUGAAUGUGGAAUCUAAAAAUUAAUGCUUGCAUACCAAACAUUGGUAUACGUUAACCCAUUGGCUAUCAAACAUGAAUGCCACGGGGCCCUCCGCACUGGUUUUGUUUUCGGCUUACAGGUGUUAUGCAACCUUCCGCUGGGUACUAAAUGAUAAAAAUGUAAGAAAUCUAACAUCUGCUGUCGUAGACAAGUAGUGCCAUCUAUUUACAACAUUUUUAAUCAUGUAUAGCAUUUAUUGCCCGUCGCGCCAUCUAUUAAUAAACUUUUAAACCAAGAAUUUCUCCAGCCUGCAGCCUGGUGAAUCGCUGGCUUGUGGGCGCUGUUGUGGGCAUGGCGGUUCACCGGCUUUGGUAGCCAAUGGGUUAAAGGGCAACUUCUUCAGCAGCUUUUUUCAGCAUAUCGGAGAAUUGUUUUUUUAGAUUCAUCUGUGCCUCCUGUAGGAUGGUUGAGUUCUUAGAAAAUGCACAAAUAUUUUAAAUAAGCAAGAAACAACCAUACUGAAACUAAGCUGUAAGAGGCAGCCUAGCGAGGUGCUUUUCAUGAUGUUGGUGGUGAUGUUAGAGCAGGCAUGUGCCAGGAACAGGGGCGCUAGAAGCAACAAUCUUGAGGCAAUGAGUUGAACUACAAAAGUGCUAAACAUCCUUUGUGCCACAUGAUUUUUCUUGGCAAAAAAUAAUUUUAAAAAGACUGCUUUAUCAAGGUCGUGUUGCUACCAAAACUUUUACACCAGCAGACAAGUUUCACACUGUUGUAUCACGACAAUACGAGUCCUCCACACAUCAGACAGGUUCACUUGAUGUCGGCAACAGUGCUGCUGCUUUUGUAUCACUGUCACUACUAGCAAGCACAGGGUGACCAGUUGAAAUCACCCAUUUGAAGGUAGGGAUCACAACUACGUACACCGGUCUUUCAAAUUAACUUGCGGAAAAGCCACACACCUCUCAGUUGCACCAUUUGGGAUAUGUGACCAAAGUGCCCAGGAGAAUAUAUAUGGUGCAUACUUUAAAAUCUACAGACCUAAAAUAAAUGCUAGAAUUGCUCUAUAAUGUACACCCUGGUGGUCAAAAUUAAUCCAGAGGCCUGCACUGCAGCCUCUCUCGUAGCCAUUGUUUCUUUGGAAUAUCAAACCCUCUCAGCAAUUCUCCCAGAAUGUCUCGACAAAACAGAGUGCAACACUGAUGCAUUGCAUUUAUGACAUACUUUGGAAAUCUCAAAAUAUCUUAAAAGUGGUGGUAAAUUUAGGAUGCUUAAGUUAACAUGCCUGGAGCACUGACAGGCUUUUAUUUUGCAGUUGUAACAUGUUAAAAAUACAAAGUAAUUAAAAAGUUACUUAGAGAAUUUUACUUACUUCAAGAGUUCAUGCUUGAUUAGCACACAAUAUUUGAUGUCUACCAGCAUGGAUUAUGUUAGAAAAAAAAUUAUCCUUACUGCAUGGUUAAAAAAAAAAAAAUUAUGGAAGCCUUCACUGAAACACCUGGAGUUGCUGGCAUAGAUUCUUUUACCUGUGGGUAAAUUUACCGAUAGUUAAAAAGCUUUGCAUUAGUGCCACUUUGUGACUUGGCAACUUGCUGUGCAGCAACUUACUCUGGCUUAUGUGAAGUAGAAGUAGUUUUGUUGUAUUAGGAAGGGGAAGAAGGAGGUAGGAAGCAUAGGGCUGCGGGCAUUAUAACUGUCUUUUUUGCUGUUACUAAAUUUACUUGUGGGUAAGGUGCUUCAUGAAAGCAGCAGCUGGUAUAUUACAAGUGCUGUGACACAGACAUUGUCCACAUUGUAGCACCAUUUAAGAUAAUCCCUAUAUCUUAGUAAGGACAACCAAAGGGACAUUGACUAGGGUCAUCAGAUGAAUUCGGGCCAACCAGCAUCAUUAUUAUCAUCAUCAGCAGCAGCAGCCUAUUUUUAUCCACUUUGUCCACUGCAGGAUGAAGACCUCUCCCUGUGAUCUCCAAUUACCCCUGUCUUGCGCUAGCUGAUUCCAACUUGUGCCUGCAAAUUUCGUAAUUUCAUCACCCCACCUAAUUUUUCGCUGUCCUUCACUGUGCUUCUAUUCACUUGGCAUGCAUUCUAUAACUUUAACGGUCCACCAGUUAUCUACUAUACGCGUUACAUGGCCUGCCCAACUCCAUUUUUUCCUCUUAAUGUCAACUAUAAUAUUGGCUAUCCCUGUUCUGAUCCACACCGCUCUCUUCAAGAAGCAUACAGUCCUCCAAAAACAAGCCCCAACAAACAGUGUGGCUACUUCAUUAAAUAGAAUACUUCAUUAAAACAAUAUCUUGUAAAUGUACCAGUUGUGAUACAAAUAAAAUUUGCAUGUUAUAUGUUUUUACGCGGUAGAUGGUUGGAUCGAAAAAAAUUCAGGGGAAAAAAAAAACGCAGAAGAUUGUCGCAGUACAUUGCACUGAACAAUGCUGGUCCCUUUUUGACUGCUCUUGUUACUGAUGAGAGCUAUGGAUCUUGAUCAAUGCUCCAAUCCAGGCCAUCUGAAAAUUUAUCCACACAGUGUAAAUUGUGAAUGCACUUUUAUAUUUUGGUUUUGAUUGGGAGAAGAAAAAAAACCUCCAGUGCUGACAAGUGACUGAUGAAUUUUCAUGUGUGUGUCAAAACAAGAAACCCAAGUCUGCUUGUAAUAAGUGGAACUGGUUUCCCUAGUGCUGAUGCAUAAUGUAGCGCAGUGCUGUCCCAGCUGCUUCAUUUUCCCCCUCCACUAUUCCUUCCUACGAUUAUGCAUUGUCAAAAUAGAGGUCUGCAGCCACACUCCCUGCAGUCCCCCAAUCUCGUGUUUUGUUUUCAGCUUACUUUUCAGUGCAUAAGCAUUCUUCUGCGAGAAGACAUGAUUAAAGAGCACAAAAAAAAAACUGACAUUGCACGAAAGAAAAGGAUAAACACGAGACAAGCGCUUGUCCUGUGUCUACCCUUUAGUGCCGUGCUUGUUUCUUUUUUGCUCUCUUUAAUCAUGUCAAAUCAGUCAUAUUUCUGCAAGAAAUGAAUUCAUACGGAAGUCAGUGCUACCUCCUGUCCAUCUUGCAUCUUUUGCACUCGUUCAUCUUUCCUCUGUAGUUCGAAAUGCGAGUCCCCAGCUAGCUCAGACUUGCGCCUUGCUUUGCAGAGCAAGUGUAGUGAAGGUUUUUGCAGAUGUCAUAACAUGUGUGCUCCUAUCUUUGGCUACUGUCCUACAAGCAGUUAGUGUGCUGUCAUUCUAGGGCGUCGCAUUUGUAUUUACUUGUACACUGACAGUCAAAUUAACCAGUGCUCUCAUUAAGCAUUACCUUGAAUAUUACAAGCAUUCACACCAAAGGCUUUUAUAUACUGCCUGCAAAAUCAACCGUAAAAAAAAAAAAAAAUUGUCCAGGGCCAUAUUUAGCAGGCACUUUCUGGUUUCGUAAUGAGCCAAUGACGCUGAAAUGAUAAGUGUGCUUCAUUUUAGUGCUAGUCAUUUCAUAUAUUCUUAUUCACCUUUGUCAGUCAUACAUACACAUUUUGCCUACGACUUAAAAAUGAUACCUGGGUAAGGGUGCUGUCACUUGCGACCAUUAAGGGCAUGCAUUACUUUUUGAACAGCAAGUUUUUCCAAAGUAUCAUUUCAAGGUGAACUGUACAAUGGUGUUCCUGUAGUACUUGAAGGCCUGCAUUAAAGUUAAAUUGAUUCUUAAUGUGCAGGGUACGAUACAUCUGUACUUCAUCUCAGUAGUUGUGCGCACUUGUGUAAAAGCUGCGAUUGUGGCUUGUGCAAUUAGGAGACGGUUCUGAACACUGCUGUAGUGCCCCAGGUGAAGCCUCAUUGAUGCCUCACCUCCUCUGCAUUCGUCAUGCACGCAAAACCGUAUGGCAUUAAAAAAAUGUAAUUUUCAGAUCACUUGACUGCAGGACUGCUCCGACUACAUGCAACACACCUGUGCCAUGUACCAUAAAUACAGUUGUUCCUUUAACAGUCUGCAACAGUAUUUGUGCAAGGAAAGACCUCCCUACAAAUUCCACUGUUAGGCAACAGUUGCAAGGACAAAAACAUUUUGAAAAAAUCUUAACCAGGGAUCAGUGGAAGUAGCCUUCAGAAGGACAAAAUUUGUAUUCAAGGAUGUAGUGGAUCGUUUCCUGGGCAGAUAAAGAGAUAUUACCUUUACAGACCUUUGGGGGCUUUGAUAGUGCAAAGAGAAAUCUAGAGGGUAAGUACUUGCAGCAAGCCUUGAGAAAUGAAAUAAGUAUAUUGAAAAACGUUCCCUGCUCAGAAGCAAUAUUGAAGACUUGCUUCUUUUGUACUUUUCAAUUGUUAACAGGUGAAGGUUCCAAAAGUCACAUUCACCAUAGCAAAAAUGUUUUUUAGCCAGGGUUGUUAAAAGGGUAAAUAAGGAAGCUGCCAGUGAAUGCUGCACAAAUUUAAUUGUAUAACAGACUGUGGGAAAGAUUAUGAAACAGCACAGUCAGUGGAUAUUGCUUUGUGGAGUUGCAUGGCCAUGACCAGCAAGGUGCAUAUUGAGCUUCAGUGUUGGUCAAUGCUGUUUGAAUUGUCCUUGCAUGUGUUUCCACACAUGUACAUAAUACACUUCACUGUGUUUUGCAGCACCCUACAGGCUGGUGUUGUAUUGAUGUGUGCAAAAUUUGCAAGCACAUGAGCACACCUGGAACAAGGUGCUUGUGAUGUUUCAGGCAUUUGAGAUUGCACAUUGCUUACAUCUGUCAACAGCAGGGGUUUGACAAUUUGUUGCUCGAACUGACUCGCCUGUUAUUGGCAAUGCCAAGCUGGCCACAAGUGAUGUUGCCUCACACAUGCGGCUUGUAGCUAUGUGUCCAAGCUAUGUGAACAAGCCAUAUUCGCAGCAAAAAGAGUGUGCAUGCUCACUAGUUUGUAGCAGACAGUUCCCCUGGGAGCCUUGCUUGUUUUGGUAGUCACGUAUUUUGAAUCCAAAGAUAUUGGUGCUUUAGCAAAGCAAGAUAAACAAUGAAGUGACCUUAAUCAUUGGGUAUGUUUUCCACCAUUCAUUAUGGUUGCACGCUAAACAUGAUCAAAAGGUGUACAGAAAAGGCAGUUUGUGAGCAUAAUGUUCAGUUUGGUUGUGUGUAUUCUGUGCUGCCAUGAGUAACAUUGAAAGGGCAGUAAAUAACAUGUUCAGUUUUUGUGGCUUUAACCAAGGGAACAAUACCAAUGUGUGAUGUCUAAAAAAAAGAAAAUGCCUUCCUGUUUGUGUGGUGUGCAGUGGUGGCUGUAUCUGUAGUUAAUUACUUUAAUACUGCAUAUACAUAUGCUCAAAGGUCUCUUAUGUCUGCUGUUGUUUGCCUUUCAGGGCAUGCAUACCGUGUGUCCAAGUAGAAUGUAAACGAAGGUGGCCAACCAUUUUUACCAAAGAACAACUAGGCCGUCGUAGUGUGCCAUAUGUCACCUGUGUUUGGUUCUGGGUUGCCCUGAACUGAAGCCAAGAGUUUGCAUUCACUUGCUAUAUUUAACAUUCCAUGCACUUUGUUAUCAUUGACAGCAUGAAUACAAGUUUCUGAGCUGCCACAAGCUGCUUUAUGAUCUGCCCGCUGGCAUGUUCAACAGCUAAGGUCAAAAUCGUGAUCAGUGAAUGGUUACUGUAUACAAUCAGGUUUUACAAAUAAAUAUGUUCUGCUACUCGGAGCACAUCCUCUAGGCUUGUGCAGGCUUUCACUGCAACUCUGGAGGCACACAUUUCCCCAAUAUCACUUUAAUCAGUGCAUAAAUACAUUAAACCUUUGAGUAAUCCAUACAAAAAACCUGGGCAGUAGUGGUGAGAGAGAUUCAAUCUGUGCUUCUUCCACAACUCGGCAUUGCUCUCUGACGAGCAUCUUCCAUAUUUAGUGAAAUUAAUUUCCUGGUUUGUCACCAACCUAUGAAAACAUGUAGACUCCCCCAAGAUAUAAAAUCCAGCCAGUCAUUGCUGUCAUUGUACCAUGGUCAGUUUUUGGUAGGUUGAGAACAAACCAGAACAUUGCCAUCAAAAAACUGUUUAUUAAAGAAAAAUGACCAUGGUACCAAUACACAGGGAUUCAAGAGCAAAUAAACUGUUUCCUUUAAAAUUGACAAAAAAAUUGAGUACCGAGUUCAAGUUGAUAUUGACCAAUUCUUCCUCAAGAGCAGCCUUUGGCAAGCUUUUGUAUUCCGAGUUUACACGUUAGUCUCCCUCACAGUGACACUACACAGUAGCUGAGAGGGUUUCAAUCUAGGGUACUAGGAUGCCAUGGGUGUCAAAGUUUGCAGCUAGCCACCAUUCAGUCACGUAGCUGUUUGGCAGGAUGCAAAGCAAUCGCGCAGGGCUGAAACCGUCUCCUAGAGCUGCUUGGUAAUGGCCAUUGUUCACUUUCGAAGCUCUUGCACACGAUGGCCUGCUUCAAGCAAUGUGAUUCUGCUGCUUCUUUAGUCAGAGAGGACACAUUGCCAUUAGAAGUCAUGAUGGCUUUUCUGGCCUUGAACACAAAAAACCUUGUCACAUUGAGAAAGGUCGUGAUCUUACAACUCUCCAUGGGCAGUGGCUAAGGCGACUAAAACUGCAUGCUUUCUUCAUUCCCUACUACCCUGCCCCUUGGGUCAGAAUGGAAACCGCUACAUUGGAACAAAUAUGCUAGACAGGUGACAGAGGGGUUGACAAAGACUAAGUGAGGCAACUAGACAGACAUCAUGUGAAAGUUAUCUGAAGCUGUGUUCUCAAAUACCUCGCACACACCCUCGUAAACCAUUUUCAAUCAUUUACCAUCAGCCAGACUGUUUCACCAACUGUUGUGAACCAAAGGAUAGCUUUUCCUCAGAAAUGCACUAAGUUGUGUUCAUAUGUGCGCUCAUGAUUCAUACUUGCAUUUUCCGGUACACUCUACUUGUGUUCAGUCAAACUAGUUCAACAAAAUAUGGUCCAAUACAGAAUUGCAAGCUGCUAUGUGAACACAAAGGAUGUUUAAAGUUUCUGGAUUGGCAGCCACUGCAGCUUUUUAUCAGCAGAAGUGAAGCCAGUGCGUGCCUGUACUUCACCUUUGAAAGAGAGCCAGGCCAGCCAAAGCCUGUUUACAGCUCAAGUGCUUUUGAUCUGGUAAUGUAAAUGCUAGACUAAUUAGAAAAUAAAACUCGUUUCUGGCUAAAGUAUUGUCUUUGGUUGAGGACCCAUAAAAUUUGCCAAAAUGUUCAGGUUGCAUCCUAAAACCAGUGACACAAAGGUAUGCAUCCAGCAGGAUCUGGAUGGCAACAUUGACGAUUUUAAACUCUCGGGAAGUGAGAUGAAAGCACUUUCUAUUCUCCACUAUUCGGAAAUGUUUUUCCAUGCCCAUGGUAAGAUUCCGGCAGUCUGGCUUCCCUUUCAGGACAUCAUGUCCACUCCGAAAGAUCUCAAGAAAAGGGGAAAAGAGAGAGGGGGGGAAGAGAGAACCUCCUUCAUGGACACAUGCCCCAUCACAUUUAAACAGAUAUACGACUUGCACAGUGUAUGCAUCAGUGGUGCCAUUUUGUAGCGAAGGCCAUCAACACAUACAGCAGCCUGAAUAUCAAAUGUGGGCACACUGAGUCUUCAAGCCAUUUGAAUGUAUAUCUCGCCAGAUAUUCUUGGUCGCACUGCUCUGCCCUGGGGAGCCAAAAAGUUUAAAAUUAAAGGUAAUUAGCUAUAAUUCUGACGUGAAUUAAAGUUCUUAUAUCGCAAGCCAACUGUAUUCAAAAGGUGUUUAUUCUCAAUGUCAACUUCACUUGAUCUAUACUACAUUCCCUUUCUCACACAGUGUUCCUUCCAGAAGAAACAUGCAUCAGUGGCCACAGACAACCUAACAAGUAUUCAGCACGCUGAUUGAACAUAAUACAGAUAGCUCAAACAUUCAAACACAAAAAGCACUUGAAAUUUGUUCAGUUUUGUUAAGCAUGUCACUAGUGGUAUCUUGUGUACUGUAUAGGUUUGCUCUGCCAUUUAUUCGAACUUACUGAAAGUGAAGCAAAACCGAAAAAUGUGCUUAGCACAUCAGGUGUUUCAUGGUAGUUGCAUAUGGCAUGUUUAUGGAAAUGCAACAUCCUUCACAAGUUUUAAUUAAUGUGAGCCUAGUGCAGCUGUUGCAUGUUAACACGUAGCCUACUAGGCUGGUCUAGCAUAUUUAAACAAAAUUUGAACUGAAAUGCAAAUAUGACUUGUUUCAAGAACUUGUAGUAAUGUUAGCCUAGUGCAGUUAUUAGACACACAAGGAGUGUACUAGAUUGAAAAUCGUCUCUCCAGCAUGCCAGUAGCAAAAACAUUCCCCAAUUUGGUUUUACAACUGAACGCUACAGUGCAGCCUGCUUUUAGUGCACCAAAACUGCAAGUUUGACUAGACCUUGAACUUGACUUUGCUUCAGGGCAGCCCAGGACAAAGGAGAGCUUAGACACUGUGUAUAAAGCAUGCUAGUGGAAGGCAUCUGCCUUUCAUUUUAUGAACUGAGCCUGAAAGAACUGUACGGUCGCUAGGUAGUUGGGUCUCCAUGUUCUUUGCUUCACAAAAAAAGGUUGUUGCUCCAGUUAGCAUGUGCGUUGUUAGAUUCUAUGUUUAGAUCACUUUUGACAGCAUCAUGCCAGACAAUGCAAUUUGAGUGUUGUAAGCCUACAAGAAAGCUUUUGAUGUGUGUAUUGCCUAGUGUCAGGGCCAGGGCUGUGGAGCUGUCUACAGAGUUUCAAUCAUUUUGGAGUGGUUCUGCCCUUACAAGGUUGGGAAGCUGGGAAUGAUGUGAACAAAACUGGCAAAAAUUAGUCUUCAAUUGCUGAAAUAAUUGCUUUAAUUGUUAAAGGAAUGGUGGUGAAAAGCCCAUGAAAUUGAAGGUUGCAGUCCACAGCCCUGGUUAGCAGAUUGGCAUAGAUCUGCAUGCAUAUACUACACUGGCUACUGCACUUAGGCCAGACGUUUUGGUGCGACAGGUGUGCCGCCCUCAGGCCAGUCCUUUUAUUCAUGAGCUGUGUGUAAAAGAAAUCCCCAAUUGGAACCCUGAUGGUGCUGCAUUGCACGAGGAAUAGCUACUGCUACAUUAAGCUGCAUUCACACGACAUUGCAAAUCAUGAUUUGAGCUUGCGGAUGGCGUAUCAUAUGAUCAUACGUCGCCCGUUCCCGCAGUGUUCCCUCGAUCCGUAAUGCAGUGGAAAGCCAAAUCACUGUUCAGAUUUUCGGCUCAGUCACAUUUGCUCUGUCGCCCAUGCUUCUGGGAGCGAGAGAACGGUUGCUCCGUCCGCACUGUCACCCUUUGUCGUGUGAAUGCUAGCUGUGAAGUGAUCCGAAGCAUGACUGAUUCGUCUGCGAUCACGUCAGUCGUGUGAAGCCAGCUUUAAGAACCACUGUACCAGUGUGUGUGUGUGCCAUCAUGCACGCUGGGGUUUGUGUGCUCCAAGUGUGUUGUCCACAUGGCUGUGUGUUGUCUUCCACACCUGAGUUUCACUGUUGCAAAGGGCAAUCCCAAGAUAACCAUGAGGCUAAACUUACCACCAACUGCCCCUUACCAGCAGAUUGCAGUUCACAAUGAACAUGAUUGGGCUCCUCAGACUGCAGUGCAGCAGUUUGGUGUCCCUGCUGGGUAGCUCAUUAGUGCAGGGUUGUGUCAAUGCUGCCCAAAAUUGGCUAGUCCACUGCUUGCACAGCCUUCAGAAGCGUUGCACGGUAUGUUCCUGUCAUGGGCACAUAUGUCUAUUUUCUGUAUUCCACUAUAAAGUGACAAAACAUGGUGUGAAAUAAAAGCUGGCUUUUAUAUGCA